CGCUCGCGCCGGUAGCGCAGCUACGCGCCAGCACACGCGCAGCAGUUUUACAUUUAAAAAUUCAAAAUGUUCUAACGGACUUUUAACGUACGCUGCUUGAGAAGCGGAUAAAAACUGGCGCAUUAACAUCCAAAUCCACGAUAUUUUCACCCAAAAAAGUACACUACGCUUUUAUUAUUAUCAGCAGCCAGGAGAAAGCCAACUAGUGCCACAACUACUCCUGAAAAAAGCGAGUUUGGUCCACGAGUUAAGCGAUAACGUUCACAACAGCAGUUAAUCCAUCACCAGACGAAGGAGAGAAAGAGCUGACACUUCAUCCAUCCAUCCCAAAAAGUGGAUCAGCGAGGCACACCUGUAUACUUGUACUGAACACGGCCUUUUAGUUGGACGUCUAACAGCAGUGCGACGCUGUCCUCAUGCGUGUCGAUGGAGCCGUGCGUCCCAGAUGAACUCUUCCAGUCACACAGCCACGCGGAACACACCUUCAGACGAAUGGAGACAUACCUCAGGACCCGCAAGCUGUGUGAUGUGGUCCUGCUGGCUGGAGAUCGCCGAAUACCUGCACACAGGUUAGUGUUGUCCUCUGUGUCGGACUACUUUGCAGCCAUGUUCACAAGUGACGUGCGGGAGGCCAAGCAAGAGGAAGUAAAGAUGGAGGGAGUUGACCCAGAUGCAUUGUGGGUCUUGGUGCAGUAUGCAUACACAGGUCGGUUAGAAUUGAGAGAGGACACUAUAGAGAGUUUGCUCUCAGCAGCAUGUUUGCUGCAGUUGUCUGCAGUGGUUCAGGCUUGUUGUACUUACCUCAUGAAGCAGCUGCACCCCUCAAACUGCCUCGGGAUUCGAUCCUUCGCCGACGCCCAGGGCUGCCAGGACCUUCACAAAGUGGCACACAACUACACCAUGGAGCACUUUAUGGGUGUUAUGAAGAAUCAGGAGUUUCUGCUGCUGCCAGCGAGCGAGGUGGAGAAGCUUUUGGCAUCAGAUGACAUGAACGUCCCAGACGAGGAAACGGUGGUAUCGGCUCUGCUUAGCUGGGUCCGCCAUGACCCCCCCACCCGCCAGUCACAGUUGCCCAGCCUUUUGGCACACGUCCGUCUGCCUCUACUCAAACCACAGUUUUUGGCUGAUAUGGAGGGCAACCCACUCCUGAGGGACAGUGUGGAGUGUCAGCGGUUGGUCAUGGAAGCUAUGAAGUACCACCUGCUACCUGAGCGACGACCACUGCUGCAGAGCCCGAGGACACGUCCCCGAAAGGCCACUGUGGGGGCACUGUUUGCUGUGGGGGGCAUGGACGCCACAAAAGGUGCCACCAGUAUUGAGCAGUACUGCCUGCGGAGAGAUUCCUGGCGGCAGGUGGCAGUGAUGAGUGGCCGGCGGCUGCAGUUUGGUGUGGCUGUCCUCGAUGACCGGCUGUACGUGGUUGGGGGGCGGGAUGGCCUGAAGACUCUCAACACAGUGGAGUGUUACAACCCCCGGAGCAAAAGCUGGAGCGUCAUGCCCCCCAUGUCUACACACCGGCAUGGCCUAGGGGUAGCAGUAUUGGAGGGCCCCAUGUAUGCAGUGGGAGGUCAUGAUGGGUGGAGCUAUCUUAGCACAGUGGAGCGUUGGGAUCCUCAGGCCCGACAGUGGAGUUUUGUCGCAUCUAUGGCGACACCCCGAAGCACUGUGGGAGUUGCAGUUCUAAACAGCAAGCUGUAUGCAGUAGGAGGCAGGGAUGGUAGUUCAUGUCUGAAGUCAGUUGAGUGUUUUGAUCCUCACACCAACAAAUGGAGUGCCUGUGCGCCCAUGUCCAAGCGCAGGGGUGGCGUCGGUGUGGCAACCUGGAACGGCUUUUUGUACGCCAUUGGUGGCCAUGAUGCCCCUGCAUCUAGUCUCACAUCCCGACUUUCUGACUGCGUAGAAAGGUACGACCCUAAGACAGACAUGUGGACGGCAGUAGCUCCGAUGAGCGUCAGCAGGGAUGCAGUUGGAGUGUGUUUGCUGGGGGACCGGCUCUAUGCAGUUGGAGGGUACGACGGGCAGGUAUACCUGAACACAGUGGAAGCUUAUGACCCACAGACCAACGAGUGGACACAGGUGGCGCCACUGUGCUUGGGCCGAGCUGGUGCCUGUGUGGUCGCCGUUAAACUGUGAUGCUGCUGCUGCCUCCGCCUGUCGUCUCCAUGGUGAUCCUUGUACAGUAGCCUCAUCUCACUCUCAUUCACUGUGGAAUCAGGAAGAUGGAACAACAUGACCAAGAGAACAAACACACACACACUAACUGGAAUACUCUAUUGGCCUUAUGGGUUGGUUCUUAGGUUGUUUUUUCUGUUUUUAUUCUGUUUUUCCUUUUUUUUGGGUCAAUGAAAAAGUGUCAGUUAAUUAACAGCCCAUUUUCUUCUGUCCAGUUCAGUCACUGAUUGCAUCCUUCCGUUUAGUGAGCCUUUUUCUAUGCACCAUUCUAUCUAUAUUUCCACAGACUGCUAGUUAGUGUGUCUCUCCUUGAGAAAAGCCUUCACUUCACUGCUCUUUUUUCUUUCUCUCUUCCCUCGCCUUCUGAUUAGUUUUGCUGUGAGCAGUGUGCUUUUUUGUAAUGCUCCUUUAUUCUUGUGCCCUCAUUUUUCUUUCCCUUUUUUCCAAUUUGUAUUGCUUGUUCAAGUGUGUGUGUGUGUGUGUGUGUGUCUGUUACUGCAGUGCAGCGGAAAUUGAGAAAUUGAUUUAAAGCCCAGCAAAUUAAAAGUGUGCUAGUGCAACACAGUAACACAGCCAAACAUUCUUUCACUUUAAAUGAUGUGUCAUCCGCAGAACAGCAGCAAGUGCAGAGAUGUAGGCCUUGGACUGUAUAGCUGUGGAAUAGGAGGUGUAGAAAGGUGGAUGUCUUUUUGUUGUUUUUUUGUCAUUUUUUUUAGUUGUUAAAUAUAUAUUGGUUAUAGUUCAUCUGGUUGUCAGUGUAUCUUAGUCUGUCUGUCAGAUAGAGUGUGCAGAAAUCCCUGGACACCGGCAAGGUCAGAACAACAGUCGAGAUGCUGGGAGGGCUUAUGAGCUGAGAAUGAUAAUGCAGAGUGCUGGUGUUAAGAGAACAGCUCCACCUCUUUUUUCAUCAGUUUUCUGCUUUCCUUGAAAGCCUAUAAAUAGCAUUUACUUCAUUAAAAGGCUGUCACUACAGAUUAUAUUAGUAUAAUGAGAUUAAUUCUACAACUAAUUAAGUAUUCAGAGUUGUAGAAACAGGCUAAACAAUGAAAACUGACAUUACUGAACAAUAACAAACCACGCAGACCCUUUCAGAGAUUUGAAAAUACUUUGAAGGAAUACUCCAGCAAUUUUCAGUCUAAGCUCUAUCUUUUAUAUCUGUAGCAUUAAGUUAAUUACCACAUACUGUAAAAUCAGUGCAUGUCCUUUACAUAGUAAAAGAACUAAAAAAAACCUGUUGACUCAAAGUACACUUAUAAUAGAGGCCAGUGGGCAAAUGCUUCCACUUUAAGCACCUUCCAAUUGGCUUCUGUUGGAAGUGUCACUGGGUUUUCUGUUCUGUGCAUUAUUAUUGUGAAAAUUGCCAAUCAUUCACUGUCGAUUCAUUAUGAAGGUACAUUUUAAAUGGAGUUAGCAUGACAGCCAAACUGCAUUAACAGCAUUAACCAGCCCAAAUCAGCACUAUGGCCUGCUGCCUGAUGUGUUUUCCCUGUAAAGUUUCAGGUCACAUCCACUCAGCACACACAGAACUUAACCAGUGCAAAAGCCAUUAAGAUAUUGCUAUGGUAGCGAUAAAAGAAUGAGGGAUAAAAUGCAAAAAAGAGAGAGAGAUGGCAGUCAGUGAGCCAAAAAAUAAAAAGGGACUGUGUGAGCA